AUGAUCGCGUUGGUUUGUGUGGUUGCGACUGCUCUAGCCUGUUGCGGUUCGCAUGUCGAAGCAGGACCUAUAAGUCAAACAUAUUCGUUGCUUUCCAGGCAAGACAGACCUGUUGAUAUGGCUAAACCGAAUAACAAUUCAGCAAAACUGUGGCUUACACGCCAGAAAGUUUAUCUCGUGUAUCGUUCUGAAAAAAAUGAUAUUGAAUUUGGAGGAGAAGCACAGUGUGUUCAAUUGAAAGCCUCUGACUUUGAGCUACCGAAGAAGAGGUUCCAGUAUAACACAUCCGUUGAGAAACUGAAGGUCUCGAGUAUACUCCGUUACCGAAAUAACCAAACAGGUCAAAUGGAAGCAUUUAAUGUCACGAUCACCACGAAGAAAUCUAACGAAAGUCUCAGAUACGAUGACAUGUUUUCAAUCGAAAAAGAGACUUGUACAGAUUAUAUAUCUACGGAUUAUGAGCUGCUUUUUACUGACUAUGAAACGUGUUUCACCAUAAGGAAACCUUGUGGUGAUGUGUACAUGGUGUGGAUGAUUGAUAGGCGUGAUAUUACAGAUAUAAAGCCACAGUGCGAAACCGCCUACCAAGGCCCUGUCGAUGAGCAUGGCUGCAACGUGGAGAAACCCAAAUAUUAUGCAUACGAUGAGACGAUAUGCAGUUAA